CUUGUUUCCAAAUAUACCACGAGUGUCAAGUUGGCACCUGAACUUUUGCCACGGUCAUGAAGUUGUGUUGACAUUAUUGAAAACAUUGUGGCAUCAUUAGCCAUGGAUAUAAAGAUUGAGCCACCAGACUCAGAACUAGAACUUACAGACUUCAAUACUUCAAGUUGCAAGACUUCUGACACAACUCUGUCAUCAUCCUGUCCAGCCUACAAUGAAAAUGCAUUUGCUGAGGAAGAUGAUGAAACUAUACCAAUAGUUCAGAAGUCUUUGCAAAUUAAAGAAGAGGUUACUGAAGCUCUCUUGUCAGAAGUCAGUGAUUUUAAUGCAAACCUUAUUUCAAAAGAUGAACUUGGUGCCGCUAAUAAGGAAAAAAAGCCAGGAAAAAAGCGUAAGCCCCGCACUUCCCUAACGCUUGAACAACGAAGAAUUUGCCAAGUUUGCAGCAAAGUUUUUAACAACCCCAGUAAUCGGCUUGCUCAUGAAAAGACAAUCCAUAGAGGCUGGGCACCACAUACUUGUAAGAUAUGUGUCAAGUCUUUCUCCACAAAGUCAGCAAUGAGGAACCAUUUGAACACCCAUUCUGGAGUCAAACCAUAUCAGUGUCCAGUCUGUAAGAAGGCAUUCGCCCAACCCAGCAAUCUGAGGAGGCAUGUGGCCACUCAUAACGAGAAAAGAGAGAGAAAAUUUCAAUGCAGUACUUGUGGACUUGACUUCACAGAAAGUGGUAAUCUCAGCAGACACAUGAAGUCACAUUUAAAUGUAAGGCCGUUUAGUUGUAAGCAAUGUGGUAAGGGGUUUAAAAGCUCAGGAAAUUUGAAUCGUCAUAUUCAAACGCAUACGGGAGAGAGAAAUUUCUUUUGUAAAGUUUGUGAUAAGGCAUAUUCUUGUAUUGAGUCUGUCACCAUACAUAUGAAAAUACAUGCCGGUGAUCGCCCUCAUGAAUGUCCUGUAUGUCACAAACGUUUUAUAAUACGUAGUGCUCUGUCGCGGCAUAUGAAUGUUCAUGAAAAGCCGGACCCAAAGUUUGCCUGCGGCAUUUGCUCAAAAAGUUUUGUUACCGCAGAAUCGUUAACCACGCACAUGAAAAAUCACUUAGGCGAUUUGACCCACUUUUGUCAUCUUUGUAACAAGGGAUAUACCAGUGAGCCCUCUUUAAGAAGUCACAUGAAAUCUCAUAUGAACGAGCGUCCUUACAAAUGCACCAAUUGUAGCAAGGCUUUUAAGACGAUUCAUUUGCUAAACAGGCAUAAUCUGAGUCACACUGGGUCAAAAGACCAUCCAUGCCCCAUAUGUGGGAAGAAAUUUUUGUUCAGUUGGUAUCUUCCAACGCAUAUUAAGAAACAUUCCGGAGUCAAGCCCCACCAGUGCGAUAUCUGUGAUAGAUCUUUUAUGAAUUUAAAAUCGCUGAGAAUGCAUAAAGAGCACCACACAGGGGAAAUUACCAAGAAAUUUCAUUGUACCGUUUGUGAUAAAAGUUAUAGGGAACGCAGCGUUUAUCUGCGUCACUGUACAAGUGCGAUGCACGCUAAAAAAUCAAAAGAUAAUGUUAAUAGUCUGUAAUCGAGUAGUUUUUGUUUUACGUAUUUGUUACUUUUAUGUAAGGUUUGGGUUAUUUUGUUAUAUUAUAUUUAAUAGUGUUUUAAUGUUAAUUUGUAAGUCAGAUUUGAUUUUAUAGAGUUUUGAUGUUGUGUACAAAGCUCAUUGUUAUCUGACGAAGUGUCAUUUUUAGAGUAGAACUGUGAUUUUAAUUAAGUUUAUGUUUGAGAGUUGUUUAUUAAAUUAAAAAUUGCAUGCAAUUUUUAAUCAUUAUUUACAUAAUCAUUUUUAGAUUUUUUAAAAGGUUAAGACAUGCUUAUACAUUCCAUAAUAGAUUUAACUGGUUAUUUAUAAAUCAGAUGAAAUAUUUAUAUGGUAUUUUUUUACUGGUUAACUCUUUGAUUGGUUAAAGUUAGCUGAACUGUAUACUGAUUGGUCAAUUGUUAUCCUAUUAUAACUAUUAACUAAUGAAAUCAUUUCUGUGUGCAAACUGGGCAAAAGAUAACCUAUGGGAAACUUAUUCACCUGUCAAAGCUGCACUGUCACAGAUGGACUGUUUUGACAACUUUUUUUAAAACAGUUUUGUAAUGAGCCAAUUUUUGCGUAAAUGUCUGAGAACCUGUGAUUUAAGACUGCUGGCAAAUGAUCAGAUCACAGUUUUUCAUAUUUAUGUUUGAAAAUUGAUGUUUUAUGCCAAUAUUUUUCUUAAAGCGUUAGUAAAACUUUUAGCCAUAAAACUUCAUUUUUUUAAAGUUAAUAUGAAAAACUGUGAUCUGAUCCUUUUUUGAGCAGUCUUGUAUUACUGGUUUCAAGAUAUUUAUGCCAGAAAUUGGCUCAGUCUUAGAUAAAAUAUAAAAAAAAGUUGUCAAAAUGGUCUAUCUCUGAGAGAGCGCAGUUUUAAACAAUCGGAUACAGAUUAUUACAUGUUUCUAACACAUUCCAGGUUUUCUUUAAUAAAGCCUGACACAAACAUUAUUAAGAUACUAGGGGUAUUUAAUCUUACUUAACGUUCCAGCAUAUAACAUGUGUACAUUCCUAUUUCUUGUUCAUAUUUAUAAUGACUUAAAUGUGAAUACAUGUAUAGUUACAUAUAUUUUUGUAGCAAGAACAUACUGUUUCAUAUUUGUUUAUGUUUGAUACAUUUUAUCAAUAUAAUGUUCUGGAUUAAGAUAUUGUUAAGGUUGGUGGUUUGCUGUGAGAGUAUAAAACUAUGUAUUUUGGGUAGUGAUGUUCCGAUGAUCGAUUAUGAUAAAAAAACUGAUUGGUUAGACCUGAAAUUGGCGGCAAUCAAUUGUAUUCUGUCAUAAUCACAUAUCAAUGCAAUCGGUGAGUUGUUUUUCUUCUUUCUUUUCUGUAUUUAAGUUAAGGCAAUUUCAGCCAAUUUUCUUCUUUGAGUUCAUUAAUUGAUAAACAUUUGGGAGUGUUCAGUUGUUAUUCAGUAAACAAUAUGCCCAAAAGCAACAACAACACUAAAUAACUUCAAACAAACACAUAACAUAAGCAUACUUUAAAGGAUAAUGAGUUAUUGUACAAGAAUUAAAGUACAAUUAAGGUAUUGUCAAAAACCGAUUGUACUAUCGAUAAUUUGUUACUGGAGUGAAACUUAUUAUAGAUGGUCAAACUGGAAUCGAUUCUCAACACCAAUUUUGGGGAUAUUCUCCUGUUUUUUACCACCACAAAUGAUUUUAGAAGAAGAUUAAUGUCAAGGUAUUGAGAUAACCUUGGUGUUGUUAUAGUCGAUUUAAAAAGUCUUUAACAUUGGCUUGCAUUACUAAACACUUUUUAGGCAUUCAGGUGAAACUUGGUACACAUUCAUGUUGCCAGAGACACAUGUACAUGUAUGUUACAAGACCCACCACUAUUGCAAUUAUAAUUGAUGAGUUAUGCCCCUUUUCAACUGAAAACAAGUUUUACAAAUAUGUUUUCUCUGGUUUUCCACAUGCAAUUAAAAGACCAAACUCUCCUGCAACAUCAUGCCAACGAGAACGCCUUUGCACGAGUUAGUAUAACUUUUUCACAAGGCCUAAAAAAAAACCCAUUUGGUUCGGGUUACCCGACCCUACCUACGGAAUAGGCGCCGACCCUACCAUUUUUAUAGUCAGUUUGAAAAAAAAAUGAAAAACUAAAAAAAAAAAAGCCUACCUACCCUACCUAUUUUUGAGAAGGAUGUAACCCUAACCAAACAUUUUUUUUUAGGCCCAAGCGUUGUAAAACAACUUUAAACUUAUUGAAAUCAUUACCAGAGGAGCAUAAACAUUUGCUUAUGGUGAUCUUAGCUUCUAUGUAGGGUAUAUGUAGUCAUAUUAAGACUAAGAACUAUUAUCAGUUACCACUUCUUAUAUUGAUACAUUGUACUCCUGGUUUAUAACUGUUUAUGAUUUUGAAUUCACAACAAUUAAAUAUCACUAUAUUUUUAAAUCUUCUAAUAUACAUGUACUGUAUUUAUGUUACAAGCAGAUAUAGUGUAGAAUACAGUUAAUCAUGCAUGUGUUGUUUUAUCAAAUGUUUCUGUUUAUUAUGAGUUUGCUGUGUGAUAAAAUGGUGUGAUUCAUUUUCAUUUUAUAGAAAUAUCAAAAGUUUCCGCGUAUGUGUGUUUUAAAAUGUUCAUAAUCAAAAGACUAUGUAAUAGUGGUCCAUUAUCAUUUUUAAAAAAAAACCCUUCUUAGAUGGUAUUAUUGAUUUGUGAUUUUGCUAUCUUUAGAGAAUUUAUUUGUUUUCUGUUUCAUGACAAGAUUCCUUGAAUUUGCCAUACUUGCUUUUAGUCUGUGGGUAUUAAAGCUGCAUUCUCACAAAUUUGACAGUUUUACCAUUUUUCUAUUUCUUUGUCUCAGAAUUAACUCAUUUGCGUAUCAGUGCCUUCAAUGCAGUCAUAUAAGAUAACUCACAAUAUAACAGAUUUCAAUUGUUUGGUUAGCUGCCAAAAUUUAUAAUUUAAUAAUUUUCUUAAAGGGUUAGUCAUGCUUUUAGCCAUAAAACAUCAAGUUUAAAUGUAAAUAUUAAAACUGCGUUCUGCUCUUUUAUCAGCAGUCCUCUAUCACUGGUUUCUAGACAUUUAUGCAAAACUUGGCCCAUUCCAAGACAAAAAAAUAAUAAAAGUUAUCAAAACAAUCAAUCUGAGAGAAUGCAACUAUACUCAGAGUUCUCAUUGACAUUUUAUAGGGUUAGUCAUCAUUCUCUUGUUUAUGUAAAACAUGAGGAAAAUGCUUGUUUCAAAUAAGUCUGGUAGCGCUCUGAUUUUGGUUUUUUUUGGUGUUCGAAAUUAUGUUUUGUCUAAUGGAAUGUUAGUAAUUUUUAAUUUCAUUGUUUAAAAUUUGUAAAUCAGCAGCCAUUUUUUAUCAGUUUGAAAUUCGUGAAUCUGCUGUUUUAAAACAGACACUGGGCGAAUAAACAAGAUAUGUGAAGGCAGUUAAUAUUUUUUAAUUUUUUUUUUUUUUGGGAAAUUAGUGCUUUGAUACCUGUUUAAGCUUUAGGGUGUGGGUUCAGCGUUAUAUGUAAGUUCAUAAUGUUAAACAUUAUUUACAUUUUAUACAUAAAAUUGUUUUUAUAUUCAAUACGUUUUCCCUUAAGCGUGUAUUUUAUUAAAUGUAUUCGGGUACACAAGCUGUUAAUGAAAUUCACAAUUCACAUGUUUUUAUUAGUGUGACAAAAUAUAUUAUAUUAUACAGAUAUUAUUAAAUUUAUAAAUAGUACUUUCUGGUCUGAUGUCAAUUUGUAGAAAGAAUGUAUAGCUGUUAUACCCGGUUUCACUUUGUGAACCGAAUAGUGCGCCAGCAGACAUGUGAACUCUGCCGGCGGUAGACAAAAUCUACUACUUUUCAGACCCUUCUACCGCUGUCCCGACAAAAUCUACCGCUAUUG